AUGACAGACUCGGCGCGGUGGAAAGCCACCGUCUACGUUGGUGGUCUCUCACCUCUGGCUGCCACCAACCACGUCCUUGACGCCUUCAUCCCGUUUGGUGAGAUUGUCGAGGUCAAGGUGCCCAAGAAUGACGCACCUAAUGCCCAGAGCCCUCACAGGGGAUUCGCCUACGUCGAGUAUGAGGACAGCGCAGAUGCCAAGGAGGCUAUUGAUAACAUGGACCAGUCCGAGCUUUUUGGCAAGGUCCUCAAAGUGUCACCAGCAAAGCCGCCCAAAAGUGCCGAUGAGGGACUUGGAAGCAAAACGGCCGUGUGGGAACAGGAGGGCUGGUUGUCAAAAAAUGCUGCCGAGGAGGGCAACGGUGUCGCGGAUGAUGCAGAGCCUCCGAUGGAUAGUUCGGUCCCCGAUCCCAUGCAGGGGCUAGAAGGACUGGAUGUCGCGGGACCGCAGCCGCAGUGA